UUGCGAUCGAAAAGUUACAUAUUUCGGCGCAAUAUUAAACAGCAUUUUCAGCCGAAUAUAAACUAUUCAAGUCUUUUACACUUGGAUUUUUUUUGAAACUGCAAAGAGCUGUGGCAAUUUUAUUUUCAAAAUACACACAUUUGUUUAGGCACUGUGUGAUAUUCGUCUCUCGUCGGGAGGCUAAAUAUCUCUUGAAUUCCAAAGCCUGAAGCCAACUCACUUUGAGAAUUUAAUGGCGUCGUUCAAAGGCUUUGCGGUUUAUUUGCUUGUUCUUUUUGGCAUUUUGUUUUGUGAAACACAAGGCCAGUUGGAUACUGGAAAAUGGUACGAACUUGGUGAUUUGAAGACGUGUAAACGGGUCCCAAAUGAACCACCUUGUAAUAUAUCAAGAAAUCAUUUUGUGUCUGACUAUGCUUCAAGACAAUACUACAAACUGAUGGAGAAAAUUUAUCGACUUGUUCGUGAUGUAUCGCGUUUGGAUAGCCGUAGCCAAUGCACUCAUGCUUACGCAGAUUUUCUCUGUGCUCAGUACUUCCCCGAGUGUAAGAAAGGUCAGGAUCCGCGCUAUCCUAACUUGGAUAUCAGUCGAAGAAUCAAACACGAUAGAAAUAUCGCUGCAAAAUGUAGUAAAGUCAUCGCGUCGUGCAACAGUUUUGUCGGUGAAAAGUUUGUUGGAGAGAAAUACUUUCUCUGCGAUCAUGUCAGUAAUUAUCCUCCCGAUGGCUGGGAACUCAAUCGUUGUGUAAAAUACGACGAAGAAAGCAGAUGUAGAUCAAGUCAACAAGAGUUACCAGCAUGGCUUCGUGACCAACAUGACCAAGAAGUGCAGCAGUUCAUGAACUUGACAACUUUCCGUGUUAACCACACAUUACCAACCUGGUGCAGGAUCAGAAUUGAAAACUUCCUGUGCCGUCAUCCCGUAUGUUACGAUCAAAAACUUCUGACAAACUACACCAGACAAAGAUGCUCGAAUGAGCUUGAAUGUGCUCGUUUUGUCCCAGGAGAGAUCAAUGUUGAUGCAAUAUGUUUAACCUUUCCUAGCACCUCAUCCUUUUUCUUGGGGAACCUUGCGCUUAUAUUUAUAACUAUUUUGUUUGCACUUUGUGUCAUUUAGUGUUUCUUAGAUUUUAUAUGCAUGUAAAUUUGCCAUAAGGAUAUACAUAUGCAAAGGUACUUUCAUUUAACUUAUAUGUUAGGUCUGAGUUAAACCAAAUUGUGGUUUGUUACAAGGAAAGUAUUUUUCAUCUUUUCUUACAAAAUAAGGGCGAGACUGUGAGAUUAACCUGAUGCCAGAUAUAAGGCUGUUUUAAGACUGGAGUAUGACAAACUGGUCAUAUUUAGUUAAAUAUAUAUAGAGAUAAAUCUGUUUUCGCCACUUUAGGCAGAUGUAAAUGAUUUUUCUUGAAUGCUGAGUUUGUGAAAUGCUCUAUAUAUAAUGCCAGUAAUCUUUCUGUAUUGAAAUUCAAUAGCACCAGUCCAUCUGGCCAUUUUUACCUGGAUUAGGUUGUCUUACUAGUCUCAUGGUUACUGCUGCCAUUUGGAAAAUCACUAAAAAGAAAAAUUUGUUAAUGACGUUUUCAAACCUAAGGAUUGUAAUAUUGAUUAUGUAUGCUUAACCUAGGAUGUAUUCUUUCGAAUCCUGUUAAAUAGUAAUUAUUCUGGACUAUAUAAACUUUAUUUCAAAUGUGUAAGAAACAUAGAAACAUUCUGUGAUUGAUGUAGUCUGCCCUUUGAAAACAAUGCAUAAUACGAGCUGUUGUACAUAAAAUUAACACAAAUUCUAGUGUUACACCAGUAGGGUUUGUACACAUGUAAGGUUUAUUUCCUGAAUGGUUAUGUCGCUUAGGGCGUUUCUCACUGAUUGAAA